UGAAGAAGAAGAAGAAGAGGAAAUUGGGGAGGUUGGGCGAAAAAAAGGAAAAGCCUCAAUUAAAUCUCGGCACCCAGACGACGCUUGCCCUCGUAACUACAAACUGCGGAUCAAGAGGUACAAGGAUCAAGUACUAAACGAGGAACAUAUUCAUGAUAAAGUUUUCCUGGAGGGCUUAAAAUGCCUGGGAAGAUAUGGAACAAACUUUACAAGUACCAGCAAACUGGUGUAAAAUGGUUAUGGGAGUUACAUACGCAACAUGUUGGCGGUGUAUUAGGUGAUGAGAUGGGGUUGGGGAAGACAGUACAAAUCAUUAGUUUCCUCGCUGGAUUGCACAACUCAAAGAUUAGAGACAGAGAUGCUUCAUACAGUUACGACGGAUUAGGUCCCGUCCUAAUCAUCGCCCCAGCAACAGUGAUGCAACAAUGGCUUCGUGAGUUCCACACCUGGCUCCCUCUAGUGCGAGUAGCAAUCCUUCAUAGUUCGGGGUCACAUCGAGGGUCAAAGAAUGACUUAAUAAACAACAUGGUGUUAUCACGAGGUGUAUUAAUCACAUCUUAUGAAAGGGCCAGACUAUCAAUAGAUAUGCUUAUGACGAAGGGGUGGCAUUAUGUUAUACUGGAUGAAGGACAUAAGAUAAGGAACCCACAAGCGGCCGUCACUCAUGCCGUUAAAAGGUUUCCCACCCCCCACCGGAUUAUAUUAUCGGGCUCCCCAAUUCAAAACCACCUCCAAGAGUUAUGGUCGUUGUUUGACUUCAUCUAUCCAGGCAAGCUUGGUACCUUACCUGUCUUUAUGGAGCAAUUCUCUGUUCCUAUUGUACAAGGGGGUUAUGCUAAUGCUAGUGAAGUACAGGUUGAAACAGCAUACAAAUGCGCAUGUGUGUUGCGAGAUACAAUAUCUCCAUACCUACUACGCAGAAUGAAAGUAGACGUACAAUCACAUAUUAAACUUCCCCCCAAAAGUGACCAGGUCUUGUUUUGUUCACUUACCGAUGAGCAAGUUGAUGUUUACAAGGAAUAUCUCGACUCAGAUAUUGUGCAUUCUAUUUUAUGCAGAAGAGCUAAGAUAUUUGUUGGGUUGAUUCAGCUCCGCAAAAUAUGCAACCACCCCGACCUAUUCACUGGUGGCCACAAGUUGAUGGUGGGUGAAGCCACCCCUGGGUACGGAGACAGCAGGAGGUUUGGGUAUUGGAGAAGAUCGGGUAAGAUGGUGGUUGUGGAAUCUUUACUGAGGAUUUGGAAGAAACAAGGGAAGAAGGUCCUGCUGUUCACACAGAGCAGAAAGAUGCUUGGAAUACUAGAAGACUUUGUGAAGUCACGAAGCUAUUGUUACCUCACAAUGCAUGGACAAACAUCAGUACAAGCAAGGCAACCUUUGGUCAAGAAGUUUAAUGAGGAUCCAUCAAUCUUUGUGUUUAUUCUAACCACGAGGGUUGGAGGGUUAGGUGUCAAUCUUAUUGGAGCAGACAGGGUGGUUAUAUACGACCCGGAUUGGAACCCAAGCACGGACACACAAGCCCAGGAAAGAUCAUGGAGGAUUGGGCAAACUAAACAAGUUACAAUAUAUAGAUUGGUUACUUCUGGUACUAUCGAGGAAAAGAUAUACCACAGACAGAUCUUCAAGCAGUUCAUGACAAACCGUGUCCUCAAGGAUCCCAAACAACGCCGUUUCUUUAAAUCAAAUGACGUACACGAACUAUUCACGUUGAAACAUCAAGAAAAAGACAAAUCGAAAACUGAAACGGAGACGGCAUCAAUAUUUGCUGGUACUGGUUCGGAAAUCCAGAUCAAGAAACGUAAAACUAAUAAUUCAAGUCAUUCAUUACAUCAUAAUGGAAGUGGUUCAUUACAUCACAAAGGUGAUUCAUUACAUCAUAUUGGAAGUGGUUCAUUACAUCACAAAGAUGAUACAUUACAUCACAAAGAUGAUACAUUACAUCACAAAGAUGAUUCAUUAAAUCAAAAUGGACAUAACAAUGCAACAAACAAUGCCUCUUAUGAUGUCACAACCAAACUACCUCAUGAAAGCUGCUCACCAACAGAAUCACGUGAAAACGUAUCACUUGAAUCAAUACAUGACCUAAACACCUCAAAUAGUUCAUUAAAUCAUAUGCAAGAUGUAUCAUGUGAAAAAAUAUCACAAAAAGACGAAUCAUGUGAAAAAAUAUCACAAAAAGAUGAAUCUUGUGAAAUAGUAUCACAAAAAGAAGCCACCCAUGAAAAAAUGUUGCACAAUAAAACCACUGCAGCAGAAAUAUUACCCCAGCAAAAUUUACCUACAGAAAUAUCACAAAAAAAAGAAUCAUGUGAAAAGAUAUUACGAAAAGAAGAAUCAUGUGACAUAAUAUCACGCAAAGACGAAUCAUGUGACAUAAUAUCACGAAAAGAUGAAUCAUGUGACCUAAUAUCACGAAAAGAUGAAUCAUGUGACAUAAUAUCACGAAAAGAUGAAUCAUGUGACCUAAUAUCACGAAAAGAUGAAUCAUGUGACCUAAUAUCACCGAAAGAUGAAUCAAGUGACAUAAUAUCACGAAAAGAUGAAUCAUGUGACACGAUAUCACAAAAAGAAGAAUCAACCAAUGCAACCCCGCCUGAAACAUCACCCAAACAGAAUUUACCUGAAGAUUUAUCACAAACUAAAGAAUCAAAUGAAAAACUAUCACAUAUUAAAACAACUGCAGCGGAAACGUGUCUCAAUAUCCAGACAGAAUUUAAACAGAAUUCACCUGAAGAAGUAUUGCAAAGUGAAAAUUCAUGUGAAAAAAUGAUAUCAUUAAAACAGGUAUUAAAUGAAGGGAAAUCACAUGAAAUAAUGCCAUCAAAACACGACGCCAUGGUCCCCAAAUCUGUGAAAUUAAAGACCUCAUUGCAAAAGGCUAUGGAGAAAUUUAAAAUGAACAAACAAACUGUUAAAAAAAGGAAAAAGAAAUCUUCGAAAUAUGAUGUUGACGGGGAGAUGGUUGAAAACUUGGUUCGUAAAUCCCACCUUUCCUCCAAGAGGAGGAGGGAGCAGGAGGAGAAAGAGGAGAGGAGAAAAGGAGAUGAAUAUGUUUUAUCAAAGUUGUUUGGAAAAGGCGUACACACAGCAAUGAAACAUAGUGUUAUAAUGAACAGCGCAAACCCAGAUUACGCAAUAAUCGAGACUGAGGCCGAUCGUAUUGCUAAAGAUGCCGUCAAGAAUCUGAGGUUAUCUAGACAAGAAUAUCAAUAUCCAAAGAGUAUGAGGAGGUUUGGGAGGAAGGAGGAGAAAGUGAGAGAGGAGCAAGAGGAGGAGGAAUCCUCUGAUGAUGAACAAUCACCAUUGUUUAAGAGGAAAACCCCCUUUGGAAAAGCCCCUACGUCAUCCAAAUCUCUUCUGCAACAAAUCAAUGAGAGACAUAAAGGUGAAAACGUGGAUGAUGAGCAACUUGAUGAAGGGUUCAAAGCAUCAGCUGACGACAAAAUGUUGCAACAAUUGGUUGACUAUCUUAAGGACCAUCAGGGUUCGGCAACCACAGAUGAGAUAAUGUUGGAGUUCAAAGGUCAAGUGAGCGACGAUAAAGCUCCUCGUUUCAAAUCGAUGUUACACCAUGUUUGUGAUGUCACAAGGGGAGCAGGGUUCACUACGUGGUCGCUCAAGCAGGAUAUCCUAUCAUAGAUAUCUUAUAUAGCAACAGAAUUUUUCCGUAAAUCGUGAAGUACAUGUUUUAUACUGUUUUUAUGUUU